GAUGUUCAUGCCCCCUUUUCAGUACUGUAUUUUUCGUCAGAAAUUCAGAGUGGCAUCGAAUUUACUACCUCAAGUAGGCAUUAUGCUGACAGACUGCAGGAGUGGUGACUAUUAGCGAACACUGUAAAAAAUUGUCUCUGGCUAGCUAGCUUCCGAGCAGCGGAAAGCGACGCCCGCAUGCUUCAGAAGAUAUCCAAGGUCUCCCGUCCACUUCAUGGAAUUUUCUUUUCAGCUUAACUGCACCAGCAAGAAGGCAAGAACCCCAGUUGAGAGGGGAUCGAGUUGGUCAUUUUGUUCAGGCACUAACUAGGCAGUGGGAAAGACGGUGAGGAGUGUGCCCUGCUGCUUCCCUGACGAUCCCCAUGCGUGCUAAAGCGUUUGAUACUUUUGCUGCUGCUAAGGAUCGAGGAGCUGUUCUUAGUUACUCGAUCUGAGACCUUUGGAUAUCUGAAGCAGCAGGGCAAGAGCUCAUUCUUCGCUCAAACAGGAUAUAUAUCCUGGUUUGCUUUCUGCCACAGCUAGCGUCCUGGCUAGCUCGAGAGCUAACCAGGAGGCAAACGAUCGACCGCGAGCGAGGUGUAGGUGACAAUUAAUGGACAACCAGCAGCUACCCUACACCGGGCAGCCGGCCGCCAGUGGCGGCGGCGGCGCCGGAGCUCCGGUGCCGGGCGUGCCCGGGCCGCCGCCGGUGCCGCACCACCACCUGCUGCAGCAGCAGCAGGCGCAGCUGCACGCGUUCUGGGCGUACCAGCGGCAGGAGGCGGAGCGCGCGUCGGCGUCGGACUUCAAGAACCACCAGCUGCCGCUGGCGCGGAUCAAGAAGAUCAUGAAGGCCGACGAGGACGUGAGGAUGAUCUCCGCGGAGGCGCCCGUGCUGUUCGCCAAGGCGUGCGAGCUCUUCAUCCUCGAGCUCACCAUCCGCUCCUGGCUGCACGCCGAGGAGAACAAGCGCCGCACCCUGCAGCGCAACGACGUCGCCGCCGCCAUCGCCCGCACCGACGUGUUCGACUUCCUCGUCGACAUCGUGCCGCGCGAGGAGGCCAAGGAGGAGCCCGGCAGCGCGCUCGGGUUCGCGGCGGGAGGCCCCGGCGCCGUCGUUGGAGCGGCCGGCGGGGGCGCCCCCGCCGCGGGGCUGCCGUACUACUACCCGCCGAUGGGGCAGCCGGCGCCGAUGGUGCCCGCCUGGCAAGUUCCGGCGUGGGACCCGGCGUGGCAGCAAGGAGCGGCGCCGGAUGUGGACCAGGGCGCCACCGGCAGCUUCAGCGAGGAAGGGCAGCAAGGGUUCGCAGGGCAUGGCGGUGCGGCAACAGGCUUCCCUCCGGCAGCUCCAAGCUCCGAAUAAUCCAUCGCGGCGACUGCGCUAGGUUCUAGCUACUAGCUAGCUUCAUCGAUCGUCGCAGUGCAAGCAUGGUCAAUGUCUCGUGGUAUUGUGGUACUGUUAACUUAACCGAUGUAAUGGAUGCUCAGGCUAAUUAAUCUGUAAUAGCCGAUUAAUUAAUUAAUUGCUAGUGCUAACCGGGGGUGAAGAAAA